AUGUCUCACGUUCAAAUAUCUCCCCUUGGUGACACCAAAAUGUUCAAGCCAAUUAAGGUUGGAAAGAACACUCUUAAUCACAGAGUAUUCUUCUGUCCAGCAACAAGAACCAGAUCUUUGGAAGACCAUACACCCUCUAAUUUGGCAGUAAGGUACUAUGACGAGAGAACAAAGUUCCCUGGUUCUUUAGUAGUUAGUGAGGGUACUUUUCCAUUUGCUGAAGCUGGAUUGAUGGAAGGUGUUCCUGGAAUUUGGACUGAAAGACACACCAAAGCAUGGAAGGAAAUCGUCAAGAAAGUUCACGAUAACAAGUCCUUCAUCUCGUUGCAAUUGUGGAACUUGGGAAGAGCUGGUGGUGAUCCAGCAUAUAUGAAAAAGUCUGGUGUACCUCUUGUGGGACCAUCGGCCAUUUAUGAUUGCGAUCAAAACCGCCAGCAAGCUGAAGAAGCUGGAAACCCUCUCAGGGCUUUAACUGAGCAAGAAAUCAAAGAUCAAAUUUACAAGCAAUAUGAUAAAGCUGCGAAAAAUGCGGUAGAAGCUGGCUUCGACUACAUUGAGUUGCACGGAGCUCAUGGCUACUUGCUCCACCAAUUCAUAGAGUCUGCCAGUAAUCAAAGAACUGAUGAAUAUGGUGGUUCCAUUGAGAACCGUGCAAGAUUUGUGUUGGAACUUGUUGACCAUAUGAUCUCGAUUGUCGGUGCCGACAAAUUGGGUAUCAGACUUUCUCCAUGGGCAACUUUCCAGGGUAUGCCAUCUAUCCACGGCGAGAUUCACCCAUUAACUACCUACAGUUAUAUCUUGCACGAGCUUGAAAAGAGAGCAGAAAAGGGUAACAGAUUGGCUUAUGUUUCCUUGGUUGAACCAAGAGUCAACGGUAACCUUGAUGUCGAUAAGCAGGAACAAGUCGGUAGCAAUGAUUUUGUUGAAGAUGUGUGGAAGGGUACAAUUCUCAAGGCUGGAAACUACACUUAUGAUGCUCCUCACUUUACUCACGCAAUUAAUGAUUUGGAGAAUGAUCGUACUCUUGUUGGAUUUGCUCGUUACAACAUUUCAAACCCUGAUUUGGUGUAUCGGUUGAAAAAUGGAUGGGAAUUGAACCCUUAUGAUCGUUCAACGUUUUACGGAAGAGACGAUUUAGGAUAUAACACUUAUCCUACUCAUGAUGAAACAAAGAGAGACGGCGAAGAAGCCAAGAAACGUAAGCCCGAACCUAUUGCUGCCGCUUCAUGA